AUGGCCCGUUAUAGCCUGGAGGAACUGCUCCGUGCUACCGACCUGUCUGAUGAUAGCGACGCCGAGCCGUCGGACGGCAGCGCCUCCACUCUGCCACUGGGCGGUAGAGCUGCGGUGAAUUACAAUGAAGUACUGAGGUCUUAUCUCCAGGAUAGAGACAGCGACUGCCUGUCGUUGUCACCGGGUGACAGGAGUCCGAUUACGCCCUUUGGCGGUGUGAAGGGCACAGACACGGGUGCUUGGAACACACCAAAAGGAUGCAGCGCCUCCACAGACCUCACCUCAACGUGCGUCAACAGCAUAUCCAGAGCGACGUCGUUGACAGUCACUAGGGACACCGGUUCUUUCAGCCCUCCCCGGAGGUCAAACACGUCGCCGUUAAGCGAUCGCAAGGAAGAGCAGACAGCCUGCAACGACGCGGAGCAGCCCAGCAAACCUGAGGAUGAGGGAGGCGCCGAACGCGGAGCAUCUGCCCAAGGUUCGGAAUGCAACUGUGUGGCCAAAUACGCUUCCGCCAUAAACAAACUAACGAAGUCAACGUGCCCCUAUUUUACGGCGAUUCGCAGCAUGAUUCUUCAGCAGCUCCAGACGCCCUCCAACAUCCACCGACUCGCUCAUAUUUACAACUUGAAAAGCAGCUCUUCGGGCGAUAUUUUACAACCCUCGGAUGAUGAGAACGAAGCUGACAGUGACUCCUUCCACGAACCUCUCCCCACCUUAUAUCCGUCGAAAACAUGUUUGGAUUCUCUGGGGAUAUCGUUGAAGCGCAUGAAGCCCCCGGAUAAGCCCGACUUGCUGAUUCGCCUCAGGCACAACGUGUCCAUCGCAUUGGAGAAGCUGCGGCUGUUCAACGAUGACUUCAUCAACAUCGACGCUGCGAAGGUCAGCACGACCGCGACGUCGCCGCCCAAGUCGUACUCGCCUUCCUGCAUCGCCGUCAGCAACCAUGUGUUAGUUGUGGGCACAUCCGGCGGUUCUUUGUUGGUCUGCGACAUCACCAAUCACAGGACCAGGAGGCAGUUCAGUCCCCACAACGUCGACGUGCAAGACGAUGAGGCAGGCUCCGAGGACGAGCUGGUCUGGCAGGAAAUUGACCGCCAGAGUGACGCCAGCGUCACAUGUCUGGAUGUGUUGCCGGAAUCUAAUUGGAUAUGCGCGGGGUACAGCAACGCGAUGGUAAAAUUGGUCCAGCUGAACAAGGAUGCGGUGAGUGCAAAAUCGGCGGACGCACUCAAGUCAGAUUCCGCUGAUGGCGCUGCUUCUGCUGAUUCGGUACCUCCCAGUCGUGGGUUCGGCCUGAUGGCCGGGGCAGUGUCCGCCCUCGGGGGGUUCAAGAAGUCAGGAGCCCACGUGAUUUGCUCGGCGAAGCCGUUCAACGACGCCGUGGCCUUCUGCAAGUUCACGUUGGGAGAGUCGCAUGACGAGAUCUUUUGCGCCAAUCGGAACUCCAUAGCGCUUUUGACCUACAGCAAGACAGUGCUGUCGCACAACCUGAACGUCACGACGUUGGAUGCGUUCUCCGAGCGCCUGCUGGAGCACGAGGAGAUUGUCGACGUGGCAUGCCUCUCGUCUAACCCGCAGUCCAAGUUCAUCACGGGCGUUCCUAUGAGUGGUUUGGUCGCGCUGGCAACAAUUAAGCGCUGCAUCGUGAUAGCCACGCGCCCCGAACUUUCGAUCCUGUUUCGCGUCCCGUUCACCGACCGCCCCAAGGCAGCGCAGGGCUCCGAUUGCACCAUACCCAGCAUAACGUGGAUUAUCUUGAACAACAGCGGGGACAUAAAGCCGGUGCUGCUCAUAGUGCUGAGCUCGCGCAUCAGCUUCACGCUAUGCGACCUGUCUGCGGGCAAGCGCGGCGGGCCUCCCGUGUCGUGCAGCCACAUUGGAUACAUCCGCUUCGACCAUGCGAUCCGCCACGUGUACACAGUGAGCCGCGACAUGUUUGCGGUUGUGGACUACAACAACGUCAUGCACAUACUGCAAGUUAACGUUUUCGACAACGUUAUGCAUUACGACGUGGUGCGCUCCUUCGACUUCGCUGAGGCCGGCCUCGCGGAGAUUUGGAUGGACAGGGUGAACAUCUCUCCCACGAUAGCGGUGCACGUGAGGACCGUAAAGAUGGCUGCGCAUAGCUACAAGAAGUUCUCCGCGCUGGUUUCGGAGAUGUUCCAGGGUAAGCGCAACGAGCAGCACUUCGACCUUCGUGUUCUGUCGUUCUACAUUUCAACUAGCCAGGGCAUCUGGUCCUCCGAAAUCCAUUCGUGGAUCAAAAGCAUCGGCGACCUCACUGCGACGAAGUACUUCGCGAACGCCUUCGCCAUAUCGCUUGGGCUCUGCAUCGGCAUGCUGCCCGGCCUGCUGGACUACAAGGCCUACGUCGACAACAUCCAAAAGUUGAUUCUGUAUGUGUUGCACCAGUCGUCGGCGCAGAUCAUCCGCCUGUCUAAGCUGAUGGACACGGCGCAAAUGGCCUCCAUUGACGACGAGGACAACGGCGGUUGGACCGAUAAGGUGAAGGACGACAUCAGCACCCAGAUCGACACGCUGUGUUGCUGCAUGCUCGACAUUUGCCUGUGUCUGGGGUUGCACGAUUCGCUGAACGACCUCAUAUACCGCUGCUUCGCGACAGUUGGCAUGCAGCGCGUUUUCGUGAAGUACGUCUUGUUGAAUCUGCACGUGGGACGGAUAGACCUGACGCGCCUCAAACCUGCCGUAUUCGACUCCAUUUUCGAGUUUUACGAGAAGAUGCUGGACAACCUGCUGUCAGUUGGUUGCAGCCAGUCCGGGCAGGUAGAGGACUGGUUGGUGUCCCUGUGUGACGAGGUCGACAAUCGUCAGAGAGGGCAAUGCCCUAAACAGCUUCCGCGCCAAGCUGCGGCGCCGGAUGCCCGUGUCAUAGUCUACGGCACACUCUGCAACCAGCUUUCCAGGCUCUACAUCUUCUGCUCGCGCAACGAGAUCCCCUUCGCAAAGGAGAAGGCCAUCUGCACGCUGUCUAAGCACUCUCAGUGGCACGCCGUGGUACAUUGCCCGGAACUGAUUGGCGACGACAUUGCAGUUGCGCUUGAGAUUUUGUAUUCCGAGCUGUCCAACCGGGUGGACAAACUGCGAAACGUCGAAGGCACUUCGUCGCGCGAACUAAGCGCUUCGCCGUGGGACCAGAGCGAAGGGCUCUUCGUGACCCGCGUAUUCUUCUCGUUUGUGAACUCGUUCCUGACCUUUGCCAACUGCGGCAUGCCGCAAGAUAACGCGGCGACUAACUUUUGCAAAGUCCUUGGAUAUCUCACCUCUUCCGCGUCGUUCAAGCCCUCCUUCCCCAUCACAUCGGAUGUUAAACACGCGCGUCCGGAGCUGUCGUUUGAGGAUGAGACCGUGGAUUUCGACAACAUGGACCUUCUGAGUUUCAAGGCGGCGAACGGCAGCGCAUUGGCCUCCCCUGCCCUUCAGCUGUUGAUAUCAACCUGCCCCAGGCUGUUGUUUGCGUGCCUCAUGAACUUGCUGAUGGCCCCGGAUUCCACUUUCGAGGCUAAAACCGAUCUGCUGGGCACCAAGAUCGAAAUCUUCAACUUCGUUUUGGAGUCGCUCAUAGCCUGCCUUUCGACCCUUGAAGGCUCCCAGUCGACGUGCACGGUUCGAUGCAUGAUGUCGAUGUUCGUCCUGGGCGUGAGCGCUUUCUCCGACUCGUUCUACAUAUCGCUGCGAACCCAGGUGGUGGCCAUGUACACGCUUCUGACGGAAGUUGGGGACGUAAACCGCGACCCGUUUUUGGACCCCGCGGAGUUGACCAGCGACGAGCUGAUCCUCCCCGACGGCAGUUUCAAUAACGCCUACUACCUGCACUCCUUCUGCAAGAGAUCUGACGACCUUUUGGAGAAUGUGCGGCAGUUUAACAUGUCGAGUUCCACCACGCGCGAGCUUUUGAAGCUGUACAUCCGCCGGAGCCUGGUUGCCAUCUAUCGCAAGUACGACUGCGAGCCAAGCUGGACGCACAACGUCCACUUCGCCAACAUGAAGCGCAUAUGCAUGGGCCUGCAGGAAUUGGCCGGCGAUUUCGACACGAGGCUGUUCCUGUGCGACGUCGCCGCCGACUACGCUAACGCAAUUAGAGCAUGCGAGUCCGCAGGGAGCGAGAUAGUGUUCAGUUAUCUGCGGCAGUGCCUAAAUUGCAUAAAAUCGGGCCCCAACAGCGGCGAAUUGCGUGUCAACGAGCUGGUGCUGUCGGACCCCGCUGUACAGAAGGAGUUUGUGGCCACGUUGAUGGACGCCCUGCCGCGCCUAAUCCGAGUGGACAUGCAGAGUGCGACGGCGCUGUUGGUGGACACGCUGUCGGUCUCCAACAUGGCCAGCGUGUUCAAAGAAACCGCUUUGCACUCGUCGCAGGACCUGAUCAUCUCCACCCUCGGCGACUUCCCCGAGCUGAAGAUGGCGGUGCUGGACGCCCUCCUUGGCAUAUCGUCACAGGACAGCACAGCAAGCAACGACAAGGAGGCGAUCCUCUCCGUCCUUCCAGGCCUGGAGAACUACUUCGUCCAGUACCUGAAGCUGCUCUGUGACCACGAUCCCAGAGGCGUGUGCCCAUUUUUGAAACGGCAACGUAGGCUCGACUUUGGCACCUGCCUGCCAAUAUGCAUGUCCGCCAACAUCCACGACGCCGUUGCCUACCUUUUCAUGAGAGCUGGAGACUUCGAGUCGUCCUCUCGGUGGCUGCUGGACGCUUUCCACGCCUCCGGUGAUGACGUGGAGAUGUGCCACCGCCUGAUUGGCGACGCGUACGAGCUGUGCCAGGGGUUUUCGGAGUUCACUUCCCACGAGAGCCUGGAGAAGCUGUGGUUCAGCAUCCUGAGGUGCACGGUUGACAUCGAGAGUAAGCACGGCGCCGCUAGCACGUUGAUCGAAAGGGUGUUCAACGUCGGAAUUCUGAAGUUCACCCGGCUGACGAGGGCCCUGGGGGAGCUUGAGGCAUACGAAUCCGUCGCCGUCUCCAUGUUCAAGCACCCGCUGCGCAUGCUGCUCUGCGACGUGGACUUUCAGACGUUCGCUGCCAGGGCGUCGUCGACCAUGGGCACCACCGUGCUGUGCAACGAGUUCCGGAAGAGCAUCGACUGCAACAAGCGUGGAGUGGUUGUGGAGGGCGGCGCCGAGUUGCGCCGCGAUCACGAAAUAUGCGGCGUCUGCAGACGCAAACUGUGGUCCACUCCGCAGUCGGACACGGGUGGCGGAGAGGACCCGCCACCCGCCGAGGGCACGCUCCGGGGCGACGCAAGCCCGUCCACCACCGCGGCGAGCAACCUCUCGCCUCUGGAGAAGCAUCUGGGCAUCAUCUACACGCUACAGGCGCCUCCAAACAAGCAUGCGCCGCACGACAGCGGCAGUCGCGCCUCAAACCUCCACCUGCCGCAUUUGUACCAGGACCAGCUGUCGACGCUGUUGAGCAUGAAGCCGUCCGCUGGCGGCUUGGGCCGCGCCAAGUGGAUUACAUCCACCUCGGGGCUGUCGUCGGCGAUGCCGCCGGAGCUGCGCGCGCAUAUCAGGGGCCCCGCCUCGCACAGCACGGUACAGGUGUACUGGUGCGGCCACGUGUUCCACGCCGCUUGCGCGCCCCGUCGUUGCGCCACUUGCAGCGCCAUGGACUAG